AUGCCCAGCAGACGGAGCAUGAACUUGGCCCGACCGCCGACUCCAUCGUGCAUCGUGCAACUGCGACUGGACGGGACUGCUGUCACCGACACGGCGACACCCCACCCCCCGCAUUCGAGACACCCUCACACCUUUGAAGACUCGGGUGUUCUACCCUUCUUCAUACCGUCCAGUGGUGUCUGGUCUCUGUACCCCCAAAGAGAUGCCCGUGGCAAAUACCAUGGCGAGUACGCACAAAGGCCCGGUCGGCCCCCUGCGCCAUCGUUGCUCGCAAUGCUCAGCAACAGGCACCCAACUGCUCCGGUUGCCCACCGCGCCCAACACAAGGCCACCUGCAACAAGAUCAAGAAAGCACGCGCCAAGCUCGCCCAAGAAGACCACGGCGUCCGCAACGCUACGCCGGACUUCAUGACCCCCGCCAACGCCUUCGAGACUGACGCCGGCCGCUUCUGGGGCAUCCUCAGUACGCGCGACUACAUGCGUGCGCGUUACGGCCUCGCGGAGUAUCUGCGUCUAUCAGGGACGCUCGACGGCGUCCAGGAGGCCCUCAGUCAUAUGCAAGACAUGAUCAGACUGUGCCGGAGCGACAAUAUGGGGCUGCGCGACCUGGUUCCGGCUCUGAUGCUGCGGCUGGACCUCGACCAGGAAUGCUAUGAUUUUGUCAAGUGGUGGGCAACGUGUGAUCCAGACGGGAACUACGACUGGGGCGACCUGACUCUGCCACACCUCAACCUCCGCGGGGCUGACGCUUUCGAGGAUCCGAAUUUCUUGGGUGGUAAAUUCGCACCCUUGAACCACACAGUUGCUAUUCUGCUACUGAAACUCAAGAUCCUCGUCGAUGUACGCAACUUGAAGGUAACACGCAAAGUCCUUGCCUCGCAUCGCCUCCCGUUGGAGCUUUGCGAACCAGUCGAGCUAUCGGUGGUCCGGAGCCCCCUCUCCACCAAACUCCAGAGACUGUCUCCAGAGUCUCUUUCACGAACAGAGGAGAACCUCCUGGACCAGAUCCGUGAGCUCGGCGCAAAGCUGGUUGAAGCCAACAAGCACUUCAUGUUCUCCCUCUUUGAACCGGACGAACCGCUCUGCGACGAGCCCGAGGCGUACUCGAUGGGCUCCUGGGAAGAAAUGGCCCGCGCCAUGCAGAGCUCGUACGCCGCAUUCUGGGAGACGGAAGGAGUCCUGGACCUGCUGAAUGAUGCGCGCGCGUGCGCUGGACGAGACUCGGAAAACGAGAUUGACGACAUGAUGGACGGUGAGACGUUCAAGUCGAGGCCUGGCUCACGCCGGACGAAGGAGGAGCUGCUGGCGGAUGUGAGCGUGAAUCGCAUUUGGGGAUAUCUCGACUAUGCAGUCGAGAACGCCUCGUACUUGGGUCCCUGGUCCGAGCGGCCUUCCGAGAGGCACACACGGGAGAACAGGGAGGCUUGGGCGAACGCUAUUGCAGAGGACGAGGAGGACGAGUCGUGGAGUAGUGAUGAGGAUUAG